GAUUGGCAAGAGGAACAUCGGCCAGGGUGUAUUAUCUUGUGACAGAUGUCACUAUGCUUCAUCAGCCAUGAGAAUGGAAUUUUCAAAAUCAAGUAGGGCAGAGAGUUAGUAAAAUGGUAUUUCAAAAAAAGUUUCAUAUUAUAUCAACAACAUUUUGUUACCAAACUCAAAUUGCGUUUUAUUCAAUUUCGUAGAUUGACUCUUUAGCAUCCAACAUUUUAAGAGACUCACUGGUGACCUUUGACACAGUACACAACAACAAGUCAGUCAGCUGAAAGUGUGCAAUCACUGCCAGCAAUCAGCAGUUGAAAGUGAAAGUAAGUCGCAGUGACGACAAGUGCUUGUUCUUGUGACGCGAUAUCAAGUGUUCAUGGUGUGGAUGGCAGAAAGGAAAGAGGGUGGAAACGUUCGUGAUCUUGUGACCUGGACCUUGUCAAUUAAAUCAAGUUGACCUCUUCGAAGUGCCCACAAAAGAAGCCCGAAGAAUGCACAGUCACAGAACAUCUCAAUACUCGGGCUAUGAUCCCGGACGUGCAUCUUUAAACAAUGGAGACCUCUCUGAUGAUGGUGAUGGCCCAUAUAAUGAGCAGAGCCGCUUACUCUCUGGCUCUGCCUCUUCACCCCAUACCAGUGGUCUCAAUGGUUCUCAGCAGGGUGUACCUGAUCCUCAAGAAAAUUCGGUUGAAGUUGAUAUUGUUAAUGAAGCGACUGCCACUCAGAACAGUAUUGUCACGAUAUUUUCUAUGUGGAACACCAUGAUGGGAACAUCACUGCUGAGCAUGCCUUGGGCUAUAAAGCAGGCAGGUUUUGUCAAUGGAAUUGUGCUGUUGAUUGUAAUGGCUGGGAUCAUGGCGUACACUUCCUACAGAGUUCUCAACUCAGGCCGCUUGCUCGCAGGUCGAGUAGUGACUGAGUUUUCAGACGUGGUGAGAGUGUUCCUUGGACGUUUUGCUGAGGUGGGGGCUCUUCUGUGCUCGCUGCUCACACUGCUGGGUGGGGCCAUUGUCUACUGGAUCCUCAUGUCCAACUUCCUGUACCACAUCGUGGUCUUCAUUUACAGUCACGUCCACCAGACUGACCAUCACAACACCAAUAGUAGCAGCAACUACAGCCACCCACAGGAAGCAGUGCCUUUCACCGAUGGUACCUUGUCUGUGACAUACUUGUCUAUAUUUGUUGCUGUGAAGGCUGGGGAGUGGGGAAUUCACCUGGAUUUGAACUCAGACCACUCGGCUGCCUACAAUUAUGCCCCAGCCUUUGAGUGGUCAUUCCCGGCUCUUACUGGCAUUGCGGCCUUGGCCUACUUCUUGCAAAACUGUGUCAUGGCGAUCUGCAGAAACCAAAAGCAUCCCGAAAACAAUACUCGGGAUCUGAUUAUUGCUUAUGUGCUGGUGUGUCUGACCUACACAUACAUGGGAGCUGUGUUUUUUGCUGCUUAUCCUAUGGCCAAGUCGUGCAUUGAGGAUAAUUUCCUGAACAACAUGGCGUCCACUGAUGUGAUGGCGUUCGUGGCUCGUAUGGGACUGUUCUUCCAGAUGAUGUGUGUGCUCCCGCUACUCACAUACGUUUUCCGAGCCCAGCUGUUGCAUUUCCUGUUCCGUUCGGUUUGGCCGAGUGUGAAGCAUGUUCUGGUACUAAAUCUCCUAAUAGUGGGCGUCUGUGUGAUUUUUGCUGUGUUUAUGCCAAAAAUUGGACACAUCAUCAGCUUUGUUGGAGCUUUCUGCGGAUUUUCGUAUGCGAUCGCUUUUCCUUGCACUGUGUACCUUGUUGCUUGUUACCGAGAUGGCUCCCUGACUGUACCCAAGCUUGUUUUCCACGGAGCACUCAUUGCUCUUGGUCUUGCCAAUUUUGUCGCCCAGUUCGUUAUCAUCGGACACACAUCUUAGUGAUUUAAAAGAUGCUCGCAGCUUUGCUGUUGGUUGCUGUGGAGAUUAUAAUAAGCUCUGCAAGUUCUGCAAAAAUAUUCGUUAAUGUCCGAGCUGUCUAUUUUAUUGUACUUUGUCAUGUUCAAGAUUCUCACUUUGAUAUUAGGUCUUCAUAUGACCACAGGUUAAGGUUUUAGUUUACUGUUUCACAUGCAAAUAGUAUUUGAGGCUGUUAGCGAAAGUAGGCAGUUUGUUAAUGACCCAUUUUUAUCGUCAUAAUUGUAGACGUACAGACAGGGUUUUCAGGGGCGAAGGCUGACUUGUUUGACAGGGUAAUCAAAGUGAGACUGGACCAGAUAGGGCCUGGAGAUAUCACACAAGAAUCUUACUGGAGGCAGCAACACGAGUUGUGAAUGAAAGCAAAUCCUGAAUUCAUGUUGUAUGUUCAACCGCCGAAAUAAUCGGGGAAGUACAUGUAUUUCACUAAAUAUUUAUUCCAACUAACAUUAAAUUUAACUUUAGAUGUGAAUACACAAACA